AUGUCUUUCCUAUUCGGCGGCGCCCCCAAGAUGAGCUCGGAGCAGAAGAUUGCUGCCGCAGAGACCGAAGUCGAAAUGAUCUCAGACAUGUUCAACCGCUUAACGGACUCGUGCUCCAAGAAGUGCAUUCCUAACGACUACCGCGAGGCCGAUCUCAACAAGGGCGAGUCUGUCUGCCUUGACCGCUGCGUUGGCAAGUUCUUCGAGGUCAACAUCAAGGUCAGUGAGAAGAUGCAGGGCGAGGCUGCUGGCAGACAGGGUGGUGGAAUUGGCAUGUAA